UAGCCAAUCCGGCCGGAUGAGGAAGACCUGAGACAGUGUUUGAGCCUCUCGCUUCCAGCUUUGGGUGGCGCUGCGUGGGGUCCCCGGGUCCCGGCCGCGGUCCUUGCUGUCUCGCUCGUUCUCCGGGAAGCCCCGGGUGCGCCGUCCCAGAGGCCAUGGGGCGGCAGUGGGGGCCCGCCAUGAGGGCAGCCGAGCAGGCGGGCUGUGUGGUGAGCGCCUCCCGGGCCGGGCGGCCCAAGGCUGGCUCGUGGAGCUGCAGCGGGGUGAUCCUGAGCCGCCGCCCGGGCCUGGUGCUGUGCCACGGGGGCAUCUUCACUCCCUUCCUGCGAGCCGGCAGCGGGGCACUGACUGCUUCCGGCGCCUCCUUCCUGUCCGGCGACAGUUGCGGUGACGACCUGCGUCUGAACGUGCAGUGGGCCGCUGCUCUGGCCGACCUCCUACCGCACGAGAUGGGGGCCCCGUGGGGCCUGCCCCUUCGAGACCCUGGGCCCCCGUGGGCAGCUGCGGCCGUGCUUGUGGAGUGCGGUACCGUCUGGGGCUCCGGGGUGGCCGUGGCGCCCCGCGUCGUGGUGACCUGCCGGCAUGUGGCCCCUCGGGAGGCGGCCAAGGUCCUUGUACGCUCCACCACCCCCAAGAGUGCCAUAAUCUGGGGACAUGUGGUAUUUGCCACCCAGGAGACAUCUCCCUAUGACAUAGCGUUGCUGAGCCUGGAGGAGGACCUAGAUGGUGUCCCUAUACCUGUGCCAGCUGAGCAUUUCCAUGAAGGUGAGGCAGUCAGUGUGGUGGGCUUCGGCGUCUUCGGCCAGGCUUGUGGGCCCUCAGUGACCUCGGGCAUCCUGUCAGCUGUGGUGCAGGUAGAUGGCACACCAGUGAUGCUGCAGACCACGUGUGCUGUGCAUGGCGGCUCCAGCGGGGGACCCCUCUUCUCUACCUGCUCCGGGGACCUCCUGGGCAUCGUUGCCAGCAACACCCGGGACAAUAACACAGGGGCCACCUACCCCCACCUGAACUUCAGCAUCCCCAUUACCGUGCUCCAGCCAGCCCUGCAGCGGUACAGUCGGACCGGGGACCUGGGUGGCCUCCGCCAGCUGGACCACACUGCUGAGCCAGUGAGGGUGGUGUGGCGGCUGCAGCGGCCCCUGGCAGAGGCCCCACGGAGCAAACUCUGAAGCUGUGUCACCCCUCUGGAGACAAGAGCAACCAUUUUAUGCCAUGGGAAGUGCUGAUGCUGGCGGCCUCAGGACCCGGACGUGGCUCGCCCCAGCCAGGCCACCUCUCCAUCGUACCCACUUGUUUAGCUCUGGAGUCUGGGUCAAAUUUUUCUUUAGUCCCCAGGGGUCUCCAACUUGGCAGCCCAUUUUGGGGUGCUUUCUUGAGCCCCCAUGUUUCUCUGCCCCCGACACUAGACUCAGCUCUGUUUUUUUCCCUCCUGUGGAGCCCAGUACAACCGUACAACAGCCCUGGUCCUGACAGACAGAUGCUAGCUGGAAGCCCUGGUUUUGAGUCUGUUCCCUGUCUCCUGAUGGCCACUGGCUGCCUGGAACAGCUGCUUCCCUGAGGCCUUGGCUCCUCUCUACUCUUGGGAAGAAUUGGGCUGACGGAGCGCUGGGGCUUCCUCAGAAAACCUCGGCAGAUAGGCCCCACUCUGAAGACGAGAGGUAAAGGAAAGAGCGCCUUCCUGUUCUGCUAGACCAGCGGGGAGGUGGAGUCCUUGAAAGCCAGGACUCUGGGGUCUUCAUAUGUCAGGUGUCCUGACCUACAGGGGCACUGUGACAGGGUGCCUUAAUUUUCCAGCCCAUAAAAUGGGCCUCAGGGAUCUUGGAGGGAGUGGGUAGAAUGUGUCUGGUUGGGGUUUGGGAAUAAAUAGGACCUACAGGAGAUGGACCUACUUCUAUAUAUCUGAUUCUCUUUUUCCUUUCUUUGUUUUGAGAGUUGAAUGGGGAAUAGGAAAACACCGGGCACAGAAAUACGCCUUUCCUGUCCUGUUUUCUCAGUGGGGUGUGAUCUCAUGGGAUGUUCUUGUGCCAGCCAGCCUAGUCCGGGUAGCUGGUCAUGGUGCCAGUCAGCACUGGGUGGGCUUGCAAACCCCAGUAGGUGGUGGUCUUGGCCUGGCAGCUAGUAUUUACAGAGUGCCCAGGAUGUGCCCUGGCCUGUGCCAGGCCCUGGGGUGGAUAGGAGCUGAGGAUUUCAAAGGGGAAUGUGGCCAAGGCAGCCCCAAGGAGCUAAGACCCACCCUGGGAGUCAGGAACAUGCACUGUGUGCCCAGGGCCCUGCACAGGUGGGCCCUCAGGAAAUGAUAAAUCACUGACAGGUUGAAUGCCACGUUUGGGAAUGACUGGAGGGCUAAUCCAAGCAAAGAGACUCGCUGGGAAUACUUUGUCACAUCUAUUUGUUGAGCACCAGCUCUGGGCAACCAAAGAACACUCCUGAGAUGGUGGGUCUCCCUCGUGUGGAUUAGGAGUGGGGCCAGAAGGCAAAAUUAGCUUGAGAGAAAUCCCAUAGUAAAUUAAUGGAGGCAGGGAAUGAGGGCUGAGGUCUGACUUGGCUGAGCGGGAGGGGGAGGAUUUAUUCCAGCCUGUGUGGGGAACCAAGGAGCUCAGGCUAUUAUGGGGAGACUGGUGUGUCAGGCUGUUGUGUGUCGAGCUGGGCACUUCUGUCCUGCUCAGAUGGAAGACCAUGUCUGGGGCCCCUAGGAGUGGGGAUCAGGGAAGGCUUUAUCAGGUGACUCACAAACUGAACUGAAGGGAGAGGAGGCAUUUACCAGGUAGGCUGGAAACAGGGAGGAUGUUCUGGGUUGAGGACAGCGGGAGCUGGGGGAAGUGUGAAACUGUGCGUGUGUCUGGCCGUGCUAAGUGGAGAGAGGAUUGGAAAGGAGGCUGGAGAACCCAUUACAGCAGCCCUAGUGAGGGGGAAGAUGGCCAAGGCAGGACUGUGGGCACAGAGAAGAUCAAGCAUGAACCCAGGACUUCAUGCAUGCUAAUCAUGCACUCUGCCACUGAAUUAUACCCUCACUGCCUUCCUGCUCUUUUUUAAACAAUAAUUUCAUUUGGAAACAGUUUCAAACUUAGAGAAAAGUUGUAAGAAUUCUCACACACCGUUGGCCCAGACACCCCAUACCACUUUUGCCAGAUGCCCCAGUGAUGUUCUUUGUAACAGAAAGGUCUCAUUUGGGAUCAUGAGUUGCACCUACUUGCCAUGGCCCUGUCCCCCUUGACUUGCAGCAGCUCCUACGUCUUUCCCUGAGUUUGAUGCUGUUGACCUUCCUGAAGAAAACAGGGCGGUCAUUUCCUAGAAUGUGCCUUCCUCAUGAUUAGAUUUGGGAUGCACAUCUUUGGGAUAGCACAUUAGUGUUGUUUUCUUCUUAUCAUCGUGUCCUACCGGGUGUCACACACAUGAUGUUUAUUUGUCGAAUUACAGAUAAUAGCAUUGAUCUUUUGAGUAAGGUGGUACCUGCUAGUUUUCUCCACUAUAAAGUGUUUUUCUCUGUAGUAAGUAUUUGUGUGGAAAUAUUUUAAGACUAUAUAAGUGUACUGUUCCUUAUCCCACUUUCACCUACUACGUUUAUCACCAUUAAUGUCCCUUGGCUGAAUAACUUUAAUGUUGGCCAAAUGGUAAUUUUUUAUUUUCACUUUUCCUCCUACAUUUAUUUGUUGGCAUUCUACUAUAGGUAAAAGCUUUCCCUUCUCUCUAUUUAAUUAUAUCUGGGUGGAAUCAUG